GUUAGGGUUUCUCCGAAACACCAUUAACCUAGAUCUUAGCCCAAUUCUCUCUCUCUCUCUCUCUCUCUCUCUCUCUCUCUCUCUCAAUCAAACACACAAACACACUCUCUCUCACACAAUCAAACGAACACAGUGUUUUCGUUGUGUGCUCUAUGGAAGGAAAUCAAUUGAUAGAGACAAAAACUGCAACGAUUCGUAGUAUUUAAGUCUCUGAUGAUUUCCUUCUUCUUCUUUUUUUGUUUUUAUUUUAAAAUUUCCUUGUAUGUAUGAUAUCCAUUGAUUUGAUUAGUUAUUAUUUUAUACGGAAAAUUAUAUUUUAUGUUUUUGUGGCGAAAGAAGUGGCUCAAUGAUGCCUAAUUUUUUUUGGCAGUGUACGCUAUUCUGAGCAUGAGAGCCAUUUUUUCCUAAUUAGUUUAAUUUUUUAAUUUGUUUAAUUUUCUGUUAUAAUAUAUGAACAGAAGAGUUCAACGUGGAUUGUUGACGAUAUUUGCUUUUCAUAUUAAUAAAUCAAUAAACAAUAAUUUUCUGCCAAUGGGAUAUUGUUAUAAUUUGAUGGUACUCGUGAAUGUGGCCGGAUAACAAUUUAAUCUGGGUGUUUAGAAGCUUUUUGUUUUAGUUUACACUUAAUGUUCGAAUUUGUUUGAAAGUUGGUUUUUAGGCUCAUUUGGACAAUUAAGAAGCUCUAUCAAAAAAGGAGAAUAAUUUUAUUAAGUUUACUAUUUGAGUAUUUUUUAAGCAGUUUCCAUUUUAUUAUUAUUAUUAUUAUUUUUUUUUUUUUUUUGUUACUCUCAUGUUUUCUUUCUUCGGUAGGUUUUAUGUUUUUAUUUUAAAAUUUCCAUUGAUUUGAUCUUCAUUGAUUUGAUUACUUAUUUUUAUAUUUAUGGCGAAAGAAGUGGCUCAAUGAUGCCUAAUUUUUUUUUGCAGUAUGCGCUAUUCUGAGCAGACAUUUUUAUUGCAAUAUCAUGAGAGCCAUUUUUUUCUAAUUAGUUUAAUUUUUUAAUUUGUUUAAUUUUCUGUUAUAAGCUCUUCUGUCGUGAUGAUCUAUGAACAUGUCGGACUUAAAAACAAUUUUGGGUUCGAAUUUGCUUGAAAGCUGCAUUUGGACAAUUAAGAAUUUCUCUAUCUUGAGGAAAAAAAAAAAAAAAAAAAGGACAAUUAAGAAUAGCUCUAUCUUGAAAAAAAAAUAAUAAUAAUGGAUAUCUGUAAUUCUAUAAUAAUUAUAGACCAUUUAAACGUUAAUAGAUUAAACGCCUUUCAUUUAAUUUUUAUUUAUUUAUAAAAUUUUUAAAAUAUUAUUAAAGUGAAUAUAAUUUCUCACAAAGAUACUCCCAUAUAUUUGAUCGAUAAACAAGUCUGUUAAAAUAAUGAAAAGUUAAAAUUAUGUGAGAAAUAAAGAAAAAUUAUAAUUAAUAAAAAAUAUAAAUUUAUAUAUUAAUUAAUAAUUAUUUUUAAAACCCAUUUAAGACGAUGUUGUCUUUUUUCAUGAGACAUUUUAAGAAGUAUUUUGGAAAAAAAAAAAUAAAUUAAUAAUAAAUAAAAUAACAAAUUAAUAUUAUGGGAGAAAUACAAAUACAUUUACUAUCAUUCAAUAAAAAAUAAAAAUAAAAAGGCCACAACAAAAUCAGUUUGGUAAUUCCAUUUUAAAUUUUCUUUUGCAAUUAACGGUUUUAGUUUUCUGUAUGUCAAUAACGGUACGGAAAGUAGAAUCAAUCUUUUAAAAGUGUUCAAAAUAUUUUUCAUUUCCUACCAUUUAACCAAUUACUCAUCCGCCAAAAACCUUUAUAUAUUGCGUGUUUCUUGCACUGCACCGACGAGAGAGGCGAAUUUGAAGAAAAUCCAGAGGGGUUUCGCUUUCUUUGGUGCGCGAUCUUAUAGUUGUCGAUGGGUUCUUCCAAAGAAUCCUUGCAGGUUUCAAUGGAAUCAAUCAAGAGGGAGGCAAUGACGAGUUGCGGUGACAUCAAUCGACUGCCUGGCGACAUAAUGAUAGACAUCCUCUCUCGGCUGCCGGUGAAAUUCGUCAUUCGGGGAAGCGCGGUAUGCAAAAAUUGGCACUCCAUGGUGAAAACCCCUAGUUUUGUUUGUAAGUACUUCAAUCACUGCACCAACAGUAUCCGUCUCUUUGUUUACCAUUUUGACGCCCAUGCCGGGUCGUUUUAUUUUUCAAUUUACGAUGAUGAAACCUUGGCCGGUUCGCCUCCGGCGUAUCGGGAUGUGGUGGUGGAUAUGCCCCACCAUCUAGAGAUGAGUCUCUAUGACGGCAUUUUUUGUAUGUCAAAUCGUUCCAGUCGAUGUGCUCUCUGGAAUCAAGCCACCAGAGAAUUUAGGGCCCUCCCCAUUCUCCCAGAAGUUCUUGGUCGGUGUGUGAUGGAUACUUUUGGGUUUGGUCUGGAUCCUACUACUCAAGAUUACAAGGUGGUUUUGAUUUGGGUUACUGUGGAUGAAUAUGAGGAGAAGAGGUGGCUGGCUGCUAAGACUGCAGUGUAUACCCUGUCAUCUGAUUCCUGGAGGGAUCUUGAUGUUUCUAUCCCGUGUCCUUGGAUUUUUCCCCCUGUUUCAAACACAUGCAUUGAUGGGGUUUUUCACUGGUUUGGAGUUGACAAUGAACGCAAACCUCUUAUCCUUUCAUUUGACAUGGGCAGUGACUCAUUUGGCGAGAUACGUGGUGGUUUUCCACGUCCAAACUGUGCAUCUCUUACUACCUGCAACAAGUCUCUUGCUCUCUGUUAUUAUGAUAUCGCAGAUAUGUCUAUAUCUUCUGUUGACGUAUGGGUGAGGAAUUGGGAUGAGAGUUGGACAAUGCAUGCCAGAGUUGAAAUCCCCUACAUUACAGUGCUGGGGUUUUGGAAGGAAGGUAUGAUUUUCAUGAAAACUGAUGAGGAUCGUCAUUUGGCUCUGUACAAUCCAGAGACCCAGGAAGUCAAAAAUCUUGGAUACCGGACGGGUCCCCAUCCAUUUCUCUACAGGGAGAGCCUAGUGGCAAUAAGACGCCGAAAUGGGAUCAUUGAGCAACAUCAGACAACUGAUGUUGCUCAAAUUUUAGACUUUUGUGAAUGAGUUCAAACAAGCAAGCUAUAGUUGGUCAUUCUGGAGUUUCCGGAAUGUGUCUGUUUCUUUCCCGCAUGCUAGAGAUAGUACAGUAGGUGGUAUGUUAGUCCAACAACCUUAGCUUGAAUAAAAACCCUUCCAUUGGAACACCCAUGGAAUCGUGUUCUUCACUAUCUUGUAGUGAAGAUAGACAAACAAGCAAGCUAUGGUCUUGUGAUUGAAGUGAGUUUCCAGAAUCUGUCUGUUUCUUUCCCGCGGUAACUGAGACAGUAUCCAACCCUAGCUUGAAUAAAAUCCCUUCCAUUUGAACACCUAUGGAAUUCUUGUCUGUAGUUAGCUCAAGCAGAGUCCUAUUUUCAAGGAAAUGGAGAGGCUGCAAAUCUUUUUAAUGCAACACCUACAUCAUCUUUUAAUUGUUAGCAAUUGCCUUUUUUGUGUGAACUGCGUCAGUGGUGAUGCAGGUUGAAGAAUGGAAACUUUCAUAUUGAUGGGCAAGUGAAGGAAUGAGGCCUCUGUUCAAACUAUUGUUUGCCAUUUUUCUAACUCCCCGUAUAUCAUGACGCACACCUACUUACUAUAAAUUGUUACCCGAUGAUGUGUUCACAAACCAAAAAUUUUCAACUGUUCUAAUUUUUUUCAUUUCCUUUCUUUUUAUUGGCUAUCCUAUUUGAGGCUAUUUCCUUUUAACCAAUUGGAUAAGUGUUUUUUCUUAUAAAAAAAAAAUAUUAAUACUAUAAUUAAAAUAUGAUUAUGCAUAACUUUUCAUAAAAAUAUUAUAAUAUUCUAUAUCUCUCUGUAUGUCUUACAAAUUUAUUUAUUUAAAUACUUUUAUUUUAAAAAAAGAAACUAGAAAUAAUUAGCUAAUAUAAAUUUAUUUGCACCCAGUACCUUAUUUAUUUAUUUAUUUUUUAUUUUUAUUUUUUUGUGAAUUAUCAAAACCAUGAAAUAGUACUUUACUACAAUUUUUUUAUUAUUUAAAAUUCAUGCUAAAUGCAUCUACAAAAAAUUCAAUUUCCUUUCCUUCACUUUCACUUGUUACUAGCAUGUUGGUUAUACAACUUUAUUAUAUACCCACUUAUGUUUGUUUUUGCCUAAAUAUAUACAGUGGGACUCAAACCCUGGACCCUUGUAUUUUGAGUGGUGAGAACCUACCACCCCUAUGCUCAUUAAUGUUGGACAAACUAAAAAUAUUUAAUUGAUAUAAAUUUAUUUACACCUGUUACCUUAUUUUAAAAAAAAAAAGAAAAAAGAAAAAGUAAACGGUAAUAUUUUAUUCUGAAUUAUCAAAAAUCAUGACAUAGUAAUUUUUUUCAAAAAAUGAAAAAAAAAAAAACAUGCUAAAUGAAUCUAAAAAAAUAUUGGAGUAGCAAUUUACACCCAAUGCCAUUAAACCUCCCAAACAUACAUACUCUGUUUUCUCCUCUACUCCCCCGGUUUUUUUUUUUUUUUUUGCUCUUCCCUCCUUUUCUCUCUCUUCCAUUUUGUUUUCUCUCUCCUCCAUAUAUAGAAUCUAUACUACGGUUUUUUCUUUAGUUUUUAAAACUGAAACUGGAAGUGCAAUGAUUUAGUUUACAUGCCUUUUUUCUAAUACGGAGUAAUAAUUUUUUACAGCCUACGUUAUCCAUUCAUUUUCUGUAAUUAAUUAUUUACAUGCCUUUAUCGCCAUUGCACGUGAACGUGUUUUUAUUCCAGCAGCUUAAUAAUCCAAUUCAUUUUAUUAA